AUGGAACAACUUCUGCUAGGGUCCAUUUGGGUGGCGUGUCUGAAGAAACAUAUCUUUAACCGACAAGGUUUCUGGUUGACUCCGGAAUCACCCCGGUUCUCAUCUGCUAUUCGUAGCAUUCUUCAGUUGAGACCAAUGUUAUCCACUCUUAUGCGCUGUGUGGUAGCAGGGCAGGGAGGUCCUUGGAGUCUGAAGAAUGCCUCUGUGUUUGAUGCUACAAGGAACGGCUCGUGGCAUUUACCCGCUGCUAGGUAUGAUGAUCUUCAAAGAAUUCAGAUUGCAAUUACGGAGAUUGUACCUCUGGUUUCUGGAAAUGGGCAUGAUCUCUUCCUCUGGCGUAAGUCCAAUGAUUCUUAUGGUCCUUCCUUCUCCUCAAAGAACACUUGGGAGUAUCUAAGGGUCACUGCUCCAACAGUCUAUUGGCACAAGGUCAUCUGGUUCAAGAACAUCCCCAGAAAUACCUUCACUGCUUGGCGGGCUCUACUUAGGCGGUUACAAACGAAGGAUAGGCUUUAG